CAGUAUUAUGUUGUUACUAUUAAUUAAUUAAAUGGAAAUGAGAUUUAGGGUUCUAGAGAAAAGAUUUAAUUUUCGCGGUACCAUGAAUUUUAACGUCUCCAAUUAAUAACGUUCCCUGUGAGCCAAUCCUCAAAACUUUGUUUCCAUGACGAUUUAAUGUAGUGGGGAUAGAUGUAUCAAUCAAACAAGUAUUUAUGCAACGUGCUUUCUAGUAUUAAGAUCUUGUAUUUACAAGGAAAAUGAAGAUCGAAGAAGUAAAAAGUACCGCAAAGACUCAAAGAAUAUCAGCUCAUACACACAUAAAAGGAUUGGGUCUUGACGAGAAUGGAAUUGCAAUACAAGCUGCAGCAGGUCUUGUUGGUCAAGAGGAGGCUCGUGAGGCAGCUGGGGUAGUAGUUGAUAUGAUAAAAUCAAAGAAAAUGGCUGGUAGAGCAGUGCUAUUAGCUGGUCCCCCUGGCACUGGAAAAACUGCAAUUGCAUUAGCUAUCGCUCAAGAGUUGGGUAACAAAGUACCAUUCUGUCCCAUGGUAGGCUCGGAAGUCUAUAGUUCUGAAAUAAAAAAGACAGAAGUUUUGAUGGAAAAUUUUAGAAGAGCCAUUGGUCUCAGAAUCAAAGAGACUAAGGAAGUAUACGAAGGGGAAGUUACAGAACUAACUCCAUCUGAAACAGAAAAUCCAAUGGGUGGAUAUGGGAAAACAGUAUCGCAUGUAGUAAUUGGACUAAAAACAGCUAAAGGUACGAAGCAGUUGAAAUUGGAUCCCUCCAUAUAUGAAUCCUUGCAAAAGGAAAAAGUUGAAACAGGAGAUGUAAUUUACAUUGAGGCAAAUAAUGGUGCUGUGAAGAGACAGGGCAGAAGCGAUAAUUUUGCUACCGAAUUUGACUUGGAAGCAGAAGAGUAUGUUCCUUUACCUAAAGGUGAUGUACACAAAAAGAAGGAAGUCAUUCAGGAUGUAACAUUGCAUGAUCUGGAUGUUGCUAAUGCCAAACCACAAGGAGGUCAAGAUAUUAUGUCUAUGAUGGGUCAAUUAAUGAAACCUAAAAAGACAGAAAUUACAGAUAAAUUGCGCAAAGAAAUAAACAAAGUUGUAAAUAAAUACAUUGAUCAAGGAAUUGCGGAAUUAGUACCGGGAGUUUUAUUCAUAGACGAAGUACACAUGUUGGAUAUAGAGACAUUUACAUAUCUUCAUCGUGCACUAGAAAGUGCAAUUGCGCCAAUAGUUAUCUUUGCAACGAAUCGAGGUCGCUGCAUAAUCAGAGGAACUGAAGAUAUCGUAUCACCACAUGGAAUACCUCUUGAUCUCUUAGAUAGAUUGUUAAUCAUACGAACGCUUCCAUAUUCUAGAAAGGAAAUAGAACAAAUUGUUAAACUGAGAGCCACUACGGAAGGGUUGCAAAUCGAAGAUGAAGCUCUAUCAGCUCUCGGUGAAUUAGGUACAAAAACAACGCUUAGAUACGUAGUGCAGCUUUUAACUCCUGCAGCAUUAACGGCCAAAGUAAACGAAAGAACAAUAAUUAAAAAAGAAGACAUCGAAGAAGUAGGAUCAUUGUUCUUAGAUGCAAAAUCCUCUGCGAAAAUUCUUACACAAAAUAAAGAUAAAUUUAUGAAAUAAAUGUGUUUGACUGAUUGUCAUUUAAUGAAUUAUUCGUUGUAGCUUAACAAAUUCAUAAAAUAUUCAAUUGUAACAUACACGCUUUUAUAAUUGACAAUUAAUUUACCAUAAAUAAAGUUUAAUUUAUGUGAAAUAUAAGUAUUAAUUGUUUUAAUUAAACUUUAUUUGCUUGGAUCAAAUGUAAAGUAAACAUACAUGUAAUGGUAAAUUUCCAAUAUUCCAAAGGUAAUUUUCCAAUAUUGUUCAAGAUACUUUGUAACUUAGGGUCACAAAAGAUAAGGCCGUAAUCAGAAGUUAUGACAUCACUAGAUGAUGAGUCUUAGGGUAUAAAGGUUCUGCUUCCUUUAGUAUACUCUUUAGUUGUCUGGAAUCUAUCAAGCAAUUAUAGUGUUUAAUUCUGUCAUUAGGAAAGUAGUUAUUAUCAAAUCUUUAUUUUGUAAUUUACAAUGUCAUAUCUUUGUAAGCUAGAAAAGUGUACAAGAUUGUUAAAUAAACGUAAUGCAUAUCGGUACGCACAUAGA